UUGUUGAUGAUUGGUUCUGCAAGAUUGUUUUGUUUUGUUUUUGCGGUACUUAUUGUGGUUUUUAGUAAUUUCUCAAAACUUUAUUUAAAUGUCACUAAAAAAGUAAACAGUUUUUAUGCAUUGAAGUGAUUGAAUGUAAAUGAGGGCUAUUUAAGCAAUUUAAACAUAAUGAAUAAUAAUGAUGAUGAAUAUCACUGAAUGAAAUUACUAAAACUUAUUUUGAAACUAUUUGUGAGCUUUGUUCUGUAUCUAUCUUCAAUUAUAAUAAACCUAAUAUGGAAAGACGCAAAGCGAGUCCAGAGCAAUUGAAUAUGCUUUUACAUUUUUUAGAGGAAGAUAAGGAACUAGCUAUUGGAAAAUUUACAGGACUCGAGGGCAGGAUACGUCAAACAAAUGCUUGGAUUAAAAUUACAGAAAAACUUAAUGCUAACUCAGGCUUUGGAUCUGGUGCAAUUAAAACACCAGAUAAAUGGCAGCAGACAUGGAGAGAUUGGAAAUCAAAUGUGAAAAAGAAAGCAUUUAGGAUACGAAAGAAUCGCUUUACACCUGGUUGUAAUGCUAACACCCAAUUAACAGAGGCUGAAGAGAAGAUACUAAGGUUAAUUUGUACAAAUAUCUCUGUAUUUGGAUUGACUGGUGUACCUGAAACAUCAGCUGUUGCUAGUAACUCAAUGACUGUAACACAGGCUAAUGUGAAUGAUGAUAUAUGCAAUGAAGACCCAUCUACAAGCACUAUGAAAUGGUCGACGGAUCCACAACAUUACACACAGACAGAUAUUGGAAUAAGUCUUGAAGAUGGUAUUAAUACAGACUCAGAUAUUGGGAUGGGAUCUACUGAGAUGUCAUCAGCACCUGCCAGUGGGAAACCUUUAUGGAAAAGGGGACGGCCAGUCAGAUUAGUUCAUGACCGACUUUUAAAUUUAGAAGAAGAGAGAAUAAGAAUUGAAAAACAGAAACUUUUAGAAAAAAAGAGAUGCAAUAAUAUCAGACUGAAAAUGGAAAAGGACAGGCUCGAAAUUGAAAGGCAACGGAAUCUUUUGUUAGAAAAACUGCUGGUUGCAGUUGAAGCAGUGGUACAUCGAUAAUACAUACAUUUUAACAUAUUAUAAUGACUAUCGCAAAUUUUAGUCUCUUGAUUCAAUUACAAGCUAUUGCCAGAGACAAUACAUUUCAUGAAAAUGUAUGGAUAGUUACACAAUCCAGAACAUUGGUUAAAUUGUGUUCUUAUUAAUUCCUGAGAUAUAGAUGGUGGUUUGGUGGGUUGUCCAUAGUAUUCCUUAUUCACCUGUUACCUGCCCACACAUGUUUAUCUCAGAAUAUUAUUCUUUAAACUAUAUCAUACUGUACAAGUUAUAAUGGUACAGUUUUUGAUAUAAUUGUAUGAAUAUAACAGGAAUAAUGGUUUUC